CAGCUCUGGGUGCCAGCGAGGACAUCUCCUUAUGGAGUUCAUUGUAUUAACGGGCAGAGAACGAGAUCUGUCACCCACUACACAGGAUUCAGAAACCUCCCGCGGCUGCACGAGGCCCUGUGCAGGCAGCACCGGGGCUCAGCUCCAGCCCCAGCUCCGGACGGAGACAAGCAGCACCAGGACCCCCCGGCGGCAGCCCCCGCUUGGUGCCCACCUGCAGACGAAGCCCCGGCGCAGGCAGGAUGGUGCUGGUGGCCCCCGCCCUGGCCGCCGUCGUCCUCGGCCUCCGAUUUUCCACAGGCCUGGCACAAGCCGCACCGGCUGCCCUGCUCUUCGGCACCGUCCUGUCCGCCACCCAGCCCUUUGCCGACCUUCCAGCCUCGGUCCUGCAAGGAUUCCGGUGCUCCCAGGCCCAUCACCUGCCCGCCGCCGCCGUCCUCGCGCUCACCCGGGAGAUGCGGAACAAAAGCGUGGAGCUGAGCAGUGCCCAGCUGUCGUGCCUGGCCCGGCUACUUGCUGCCAACAACCUGACAGCCAGCUUCAGGGGCUACCCGCCUGACCUGCUGCUCUUCUUCGACGUGGCCGAGGUGCGCGGCGAGACCUGCGAGGAGUUUUAUUCCCUGGCUGCCCGCGGGAACCUGGAGCUGCUGCCCCGGGGCUCAGCACAGCGCAGGGCAAUCCUGCACGGGGCUCUGGCAUGCGUGGGCGCAAGCGGCUCCUGCCUGCACCCCGAGCAGCUGGGCAGCCUCGGGGCGCUGGUGUGUGACAUGGAGCCAGACACCAUCACGGCCUCGGAUCCUGGCAUCCUGGAGAACCUGAAGCUCUGCCCAGCGCUGACGGGGGCCCAGCGGGUUGCUCUCAAUGCCGUGCUCCUCGGGGGCGGCACGGCGUAUGGGGAUCCUUUGGGCUGGGAUUUGCAGACUCUGCAAAGUCUGGGGCCGCUCGUGCUGGCUUUGAACCAGACCACGCUGAGCCUGGUGGCCAAGGCAACAAGGGAGGCAUUUGCAAGGAGCAUCGCGGCCACCUACAGCAGCCAGGGGUGGUCCCAGCGGGAGAAGUCCCUGACCCUCCUGAGUGCCUUCACAGCGGCCUCAGCAGCCUCUCACCCCCGGCUGAAGCGGAGCGCAGACCGCUGUAUGUCCAAGCCCAUCACCCCCAGCACCCUCUCUGAAGGCCUCCUGCUCCUCGACUAUGACACCCCCGAGCAGUUCUACCUCUGCCUGAGCGUUCUGGUUCUGAAAAGCAGCCUGGCACUUGUGCUGGAGCAGCCGCUCACCACGGGAUACCUCCAGAUGGUGAAGAAAAAGCUGCAGGAGAUCUACCCCGCGGGGAUCCCGGAUGACCAGCUGAGGCUGCUGGGGCCGCUGUCCCGGCAGUACACGGCGCAGGAGAUCAGCCAGUGGCAGCUGACCUCCAGCGACACGCUCUGCGCCCUGCUCAGCCCCCUGGACGGCCCGUGGAGCGCUGCCCAGAAGCAGCAGCUUAUCGCAAGGUACCUGGAGCUAGGGGGCAAAUUAACCGGCCCCUUGCUUCAGAAAAUCGGUGGGAGCUGCCUGUGUAGCCUGAGUGAGGAGCAGAUCGAGAAAGUCACCCCAGAAGCAAUUGGGAGCGCUGGAGAACUGGACGUUUCCUCUUGCUCUCAAAGCAAGAAGGACCAGCUGUACAGAACGGCCCGGGAGGCCUUUGCUGGCCAGGCCGGCACCAGAGCCUAUUACUGCCAGAUCCGGCCCUACCUGGGUGGAGCUCCAGUAAAGGACCUGAAGGACUUGGCUAACGCUGGCAUCAACAUCAGCAUCGACACUUUUCUUGCCCUAAAUCCCAACGAACUGCAGAAGCUCAGUGUCAUGGAUGUCAAAAACCUGCUUGGGACAGAAGUUCAAGAACUGAAGAAAGCCGAAAAUCAGACCGCCGUGCUUUGCUGGAUCAAGAAACAGUCCCAGGAGGAACUGGACCGAAUCCUGGGAAUUGGCCUGCACGGGGGGAUGGAGGAGCCCAGCCCCACGGGGACCACCACCCUGCCUCACCUCAACACCUCUGCCAGUAUCGCCCCCACAACCACGGUCCCCACCACCACCGCCCUCCUCGCUUCCCCCAGCCCCACUGCCACGAGCAGCCGCCCUCCUACUGCGCCAAACACCAGCCCCAAGACCCUCACCCCAAAUGCUGUCAGCCCGACCCUCCCUACCAGCACUAUCCCACACGCUUCCACCCCCCGGCCCAGCACCACUGUGGGUCCCGCUGCCACCCCCACAGCCCGGCCCCCUCUGGCCCCCAGCUCCAUCGCCCCAUGCCUCAUCCACCAGUCGGCCACCCCAAAGAAGACCACCACCCCAGCUGUCACCCUCCUCGCCACCAUCCUUGCUGCCACCAACCCCAGGGCCACCUCUCCCAGCUCUGUCCCCCCACCAGCUGCCACAGGCAGUGCCACCCCCAGCACUCGUGGCACCAACCCAGCUGUUAGCACCCAUGGCACCAGCACCCUGCUGGUGCCCAGUAACACCCCAGCACCCGGGGGCACCACCAGCCCAGCUCCUGCUACCCAUAUCACCACCAUCCCGAGCACCCCCGGUGCUCCCAGUGCCCUUGUCCCAAAGUCAACCUCUGCACCUGCUGCCAUCACAGCCACAGAAAUGAACCUUCCCCACAAGCCCACCCCAGUUCCCAACACCACUGUGUCCACCCACAAGGGUGGCAGCUCCUCAACAGUCAAGACUACAACGUUUGCUUGCAAGACUGCUGCCCCUCCGGCACUUCUCGGACCCUCUUCCACCACCUCCAGCAGCGAGAACACCAAGAAAACACCCACAGGCGUGCCAGAACCACCGAAACCAACCCCUGGUGGAUACAUCAAUCUGCAACCCGAACCUGGAUCAGGAUCCAGGCUCUCCUCCUGCCUGGUGCACAUACUGACCACAGCCGUGGGAUUAUCGCUGCUGCAAAGGCUUCUCUGACACUACACCACCACCUCUAGCACCAUACUCACUAGAUCCCUCCUUUAAUUUUUCACCAUUCUGCAAAAUAAUGGUGCUGGCAAGCUCCCUGCUGAAACGCAAAAACUCAGGAAAGUAAAAGAGUUUGUCUGUUUGCUUCCAGCAAGGAAUUUGCUCAUUAUUUUUGAAGCUGGGAAGUGAAAGGAGGACAGAUGAUUUUCCAUCCCAAAGCAGCCCAACAGAUAAUUACUACCUAGAUGCUCUAUAUAGUACAAGUAUUAGUAACACUGACUGAGCUGGCCAUGCAUUAAUGCUGACAGCAGGUACCGUUCUGACAGCUUCACUCACACGGGGUGGCGUUUUACUUCUAAGCAGUCCCAACAGGGAUCUGUUGAAAACAGUGGGAAAACUCAGGGAUUCAAGUCACUGGCCACUGCAAGAUAGGUAAAAUAUGGCCCAGGAAUGCUGCCAGAAAGCUCGGCCAGAAAUCCACUAAACUGCAUUUAACUUGCUGCAUAAACAUGUGAGACUUUUGAUCAACGUUUGUUCAAACUUCGCCAAGCCUAAUUAGAGGGAAAAUUAACUGAAGAUAGUUUGUCUUGAUUACUGUUGCAAUGCUAUAUAAUAAAAUAUCAAUCAUUUUUUUU